CAACAGAGACCGGAAGUCACCUCAAAAAUUAAACAACAGAGGUUUCCUCGGUUGGAAAAUGCUCACAUCUUUGUAAAAUUCCCACUUGGAGCGGCCUCUGGUUUUCAUCGGCCAGAAUGGAAAAUGAUGAGCAGCUGCGCUCGAUGAUGUUCCUUCUCACGUACUUGUUGCUGAAGCGAAGAAGAGACAUUAAUAACGUAAACAUCCAGACGCGCCAUGAGAUCCAGCGGCGCAUCCGCCACCGCCAGUACUUCUUGCAGAGACAGAGGAGGAUGCUCAUGAUGCUGAUAGCUGAAGGUAUCCACUCCAGCGUCCGUAUUCGCACUCGCCCCUGGACCACCACUCCCAGUUCUGAUUGGUGGGAGCGGGUGGUGAUGACAGAAUUCCAGCCUUCGGAUUGGCUGGACAAGUUCCGAAUGAGUCGGGAGACUUUCUUCUACCUCUGUGAGAAGCUGCGGCCGCGUUUGGCUCGCCAGGACACUAGCUUCCGCUUGGCCCUGCCGGUGGAGAAGCGCGUGGCUGUGGCGUUGUGGCGACUGGCAUCAAACAUUGAGUACCGCACCAUCAGCUCCCUGUUCGGGGUGGGGAAGUCCACCGUCUGCAGGUGUGUUAGGGACAUGUGUCACGCCAUCGUGGCUCUGCUCAGCUGUACGUACCUGCAGCCCCCCAAUGAACAGGAGCUGGAGGAUUCAGCUCGGCUCUUUGAGUCUUACUGGGGGUUUCCUCACUGUGUUGCUGCCAUAGCAACCCUUCACACAGCCAUCAUCACUCCAUCAAACAAUGCGUUGGACUAUGCCAACCCUGCCGGCUGGCUCUCAGUACUUUCACAGGUGGCUGUAAGUGGGCGGGGUCACUUCUGGGAUGUGUGUGCAAGCUUCCCAGGUGGAACAGAUCCAGCUGAAAUUUUACAAAACUCUUCACUGUGGGCCACUGCUUCAGAGGGAGGACUGUCGCCCGCACAGCCCCCUUCAUUCAUGGGCAGAGCCAUGAGGUAUGUGAUGUUGGGUGAGGCCUGCUACCCGCUUCAGAGCUGGCUGAUGAAGGCUUUCCCAGAGGAAAGGAGCCGGAGGAAGAACCACGCCGCCCUGACGCAGAGGCAGCAGGUGUUUAAUCAGCAGCUCAACAGAGCGCUGCGCGUGUCUGAGGAGGCGCUGCUGAGGCUGAGAGCUCGCUGGCAGUGCCUUAGCAAGAGGAACGACUGCAGGCUGGACGUGGUGCCCACCAUGAUCCUGGCUUGCUGCAUUCUGCACAACAUGUGCGAGUCCCAUGGGGAUGCUUUCAAAACCGAGUGGCAGGUUGAAGUGGCUGAGACCGAGAGCCCUCAACCUGACCACAGGCCUCUCACCUCAGCCAGCAUGGAUGAGAGAAACUCCGAGGAAGUCAGAGGUCUCUUCUGUGACUAUUUUCAACAGCAAGGCAAUGAUUUCACUCAAUAAAAAUACCAGAAAUAUGCUUUUCAAA